AUGUCGGCUAUGGUUGUUGCUCAAGCUAAACGUCUAUCUGAAAUGGAUCAUCAAGUACAUACAUCACCAACAAAUUUUCGUUCACAUCAAACAUCUACAUCAUCAUCAAAUCAAGAAGAAAGUUUUCGUCGUAUGAUUUUGGAAAAAGUUGAAGAAGGAAAACGUACCACACCAAAAAGAUGUCAAGAGAUUCUCGAAGAUAUCAUGAUUAUGUUGAAACAUUUAACAGCGGAUGUUGAAAAAUCUAAUAUCGCUUUUCGUGACAGUCGUCCUCCAUUUUAUACGCAGGAAUUUCGACGUUUAACUGAUCGAAUCGAUACUUUAACAAAAGCACGAGAUACACUAACAGAAUAUCUUCAUGAAUUAGAAACGUAUCUUCCAUUUUCAUAUGACGUGAGCUAUAACACAAAUAAUAAUAAUAAUAACAACAAUAAUGCUUACCCUUCUGCGCCGCGCAAUUAUCCUUCAAAUCCAACUCCCGUGUUAAAUAUUCCAUCACCCUCUUUAACACAUUCUCCUGUCAAUGACAAUGUUAUUACAACUACUACCACCAAUGUAAGUAUUAUUAAUCCAAAAAAUAUUAUUGAUCCACCACCACCAUCUUCAAUACAUUCCACGGCUAAUACAAACGAUAUACUUCAUGAUGACGAUGUCAUUCAUCAACAUUCAUCUCAACAUUAUCCAUAUGUAAGAACGGCAAGUAAUCCGACAACAUCCUCAACACCAAACAAUCUAUCCACACCACCAUCUCAAGUGAGAUUAAGAAGGGCAAGUAUGACGCCAAGCAAUUUUAUACGCGUUCAUUUUCCAAAUAAGCAUACAACAGCACUUGCUCCACGUAAUGAUCAAACAUUAGAAAAAGCUCUUGAAUCAAAAGCAGCAAUGCAUUCGGUGACAAGUCUUCGAGCGUAUACACCUGUUUACAUGAUCUCAAGACAAGCAUGUUCAUGGGAUAUUAUAUUAGAAAAUGUACUUGAAAAAGAAAUUAUUUUAGAAGAAAAAACAAAAUUUGAUCAUUCAUUUGAUCGUAUGCCAUCUCCUCGAUUUCCUUUUAUUAUCAGUAUUCGAUGUGUUCAUUGUACACGUAGAAUACGUGAAGCUUAUGUACGUUGUCGUUCAUGUACUAAUGCCUAUCAUCUUCGAUGUUCAACAAAAGCUUAUAUUUGUUCUAUGUCAUUCAUACAACAAAUGAAUCAUUCGGAUUUAAAUCGAUACAAUCAUGAACGUGUAUUUGCACCUGUUACAAUCUCGCCGAAAUCUCGUAGUCUUCCAAGAAUGCCAAUGCCGAGGCCUGGUAUUCCAACAACAAAUGCUCCCAGUACUACUACUACGACUAAUAAUAAUAAUAAUAAUAACAGUAAUAAGGAAUUAAAUACUGAUAAUUAUAUCAAUUAUUCACAACAACAAGUACAACAACAAGAAAAUCAUCGACAAUCUAUAAAAUCCUCAUUUUCUCCAUUUUCCGCACCAUGUUGUUUGUCAACAACAGUUAUUUCCACAGGUUUAUUUGCAUCGUCACUAUUUCAUUCACAAACUAUUACAUCAUCAUCAUUGCCUACAUCUACAUCAAAAUUUUUGAAUAUACCACAACUAUUAUUGUCUGGGAAUGAUUCUCCAUCAAAUAGUCCUAGUGAUAUAAGACGACCAAGUGCUAAAGUAAAUGACACGGAUUUAAGGCGACUGACUAAUAAGUCUAUCAGUGAAUGGGAAAUACGUCCUGAUGAUGUACUUAAUAGAGGACGAAUGGUUGGACGAGGAACUUAUGGUACUGUAUAUAAAGCUGAAGUUCGAUUACACGGUCAUGUGGCUUUAAAAGAAUUAAAUUUUGUUGAUCCAACAACUUCUCAAUUACAAGCGUUCAAAAAUGAAGUAUAUGCAUUGAAGAAAAUUACUCAUCAAAAUACUUUAAAUUUUUAUGGUUAUGUCAUAUCUCCUCGUUUUGCCAUAAUAACUCAAUGGUGUCAAGGUUCUACAUUAUACAAACACAUACACAUACUUGAUCGAGAGUGGAAAAUUACACAAUUGAUUGAUAUUGCAAGACAAAUAUGUCAAGGAAUGUCAUAUCUUCAUGAUCGUGAAAUUAUUCAUCGAGAUCUUAAAUCGAGCAAUAUUUUUCUCGAUAUGUGUGCUGAACAUGAUGAUGUUGGAAUUAGCUGGAAAGUGAAAAUUGGUGAUUUUGGAUUAGCAACAGUAAAAACUGUUCUUGUCGAAGGAACAAUACCACAAUUUCAACCGACCGGUUCUGUAUUAUGGAUGGCACCAGAAGUUAUACAACAAAAAGAUCCCAAUUGUUAUUCAACUAAAGCCGAUGUGUAUAGCUACGGAUGCGUAGUUUAUGAAAUGUUCAGUGGAAAAUUACCACAUAGUCCUAUUACCAAUAAAGAACAGAUUAUGUGGUUAGUGGGAAAAGGCCGUUUAAAAAUAAACGCUGAACAAUGCCGAGAUGAUACACCAUCUCAAAUAAUUGAACUAAUUAAAAAAUCAACCGACUAUGAUCCAAAUAUAAGACCUAAUUUCGAUUCAGAGAUCGAUGAAACUUUAUCAAAAUUCGAAUGUAUAUUUCCUCGAUUACAACGAUCUCAAUCGGAGCCCUGUUUAAAUAGUCGUCAUCAAGAAGAUCUCAUUGGUCUUUCUCUACAUUGGGGAGCUGUUCCUAAAACGCCUGUAGCCACACAUCGGCGAUUCAAUGCUGAAGUAUCAUUUAUUGCAGAUUCUCCAUCUGAUUUUUCCAUAAUGGCGAAAUAUAUAUUAAUUGCAUAUAUUUUUUCAAUAAUUGGUGGGCUUUUUGGUUUACAUCAUUUUUAUCUAGGACGACUUCAACAUACAUUUGUAUGGUUAACAACAUUCGGUGGUUUUGGUGUUGGUUUACUGCGUGAUAUUAUCUUCAAUAUGAAUAAUUACGUGAAUCAAGCGAAUGGUGAUCAAGUAACAAUUCAUAAUUACAAAUUAAAAAUGAAACAACGUAAAUCACCAGCAUUCGAAACAUUAAGAUGUGCUGGACAAUAUCUUACGGCCAUAUUCUAUGGUUCUAUUGUUUAUUAUGCAUUUCCCGAGGAAUGGCUACUAUUAAAUUUUAAAUCAUUGUUUAUUUCGUCAUGUUCAACAAUUAGCAUGGCGAUCGGAGUACAAUUAAUGGGAACGUUGGGUCCACGUCGUUGUUCAUUCGUGUGGCCAUUGCUCGGUGCUUGGCUGGGCUUUCCAUUUUUAUUUACUCGACUUCACUUAUCACCGUCGUUUAAUAUAUCAGCAUUUCUCUCAUGUUUAUUAUUUGAAUGGAAAGUUGAUUGGGAUCACAAUUAUUUUGAUACGAUAGUAUUAUCAAAGAAAUCAGAAACGUUGCGUUCAUCGAAUAAAACCACAUCCACAGUUGAAACGCUUCAACAGAAACCGCCCUUGAAAUCUCGACGAAAGACACUAAAACGUUAUACAAUUUUUUUCAUUGGUUUACUUGUCUUUGGCUUUUUUACAUCAAGUGCUAUAUAUCAAAAUUUAAAUGUCGAUAUUAAUGGUGAAAAAGUGAAAGUAAAAGAUGUUAUUGCGGAUUUUUUUAAAUCACAAGCGUAUCAACAAUUGCGACAUGUCUUAAGUGAAAUAUGGGCAUUUUAUUUAAAACAGGGUUUAACUGGAAUAUGGACAGAAAUAUGGACAACAUUUGAUUUCGAAAGUGAUAAACAAGCAUUUGAAUUACUUGAAUUAAAACCUGACGCAGAUCAAAAACAAAUUGAAACCAGAUGUAAAGCACUCGCACGAAAAUGGCAUCCUGAUCGUUUUCGUGAUGCUGAUGCUAAACGUAAUGCUGAAGCGACAUUUAUCAAUAUUCAACAAGCAUGUGAUCGUUUAUCAGCGGCACGAAAACAAAAACAAUGGAAAAAUAAACAAAAACGAGAAAAUCCAGUUUAA